AUGUCCUUGCGGCUCAUGGAUGAAGCCAGCAGCACUGAUUUACCCUCAAUAAUGCUGUCAUCAAACCAAUAUGACAAACUUUGUGAAACAUUUCAGGCUAGAUUGGAUGAACUACUUUCCAAAGAAAUGACCGAACUUUAUGCCCAGUUUUCACACCUUUUUACGUCUUUUAAGAAGACAUUUAUGUUCGGCUUAAAGCUAUCCAAUAAGUUAUUCGAAAUCGAAAGUCAAAAUCGAACCCUUGAGCGAAACAACAAUGAUCUGGAAAAAGUAAUUGAUGAGCGGGAUGAAAAGAUCAAGCAGUUAGAAGAUAGUAUUCUAAAAGUAGAUAGCAUGAGAUUUGGAAUGGAAUUACAGGAAAAAAAGUUCCAUAAAGUAAUAGAGGAACUAAAAGAAGAAGCUGUUAAAGAGAAGAUGGCGUACGAAGAACUUUUGAAAUCUCAAUCAGAGGGAGGUGCACGACAGAAACUAGAAGAAGCAAAUACAAAAAUCGAACUCUUAAAUCAAGAAUUACUCUUCGAAAGAAAAAGAGAGGAGAUUUUACAAAAGCGGUCUGAUGAGGAAGACAAAGUUGGAAAAGAACUUAAACAAGAAAUUAUAAAUCUCCAGAAAAAAUUGAAAGACGAAAGCCGCGAAAGAAUAAAUGCUGAAUCCAACAUCUACAAGAAAGAUCGAGAGAUUGAAAAGCACUUGAAAAUGGCUGAGUCUUAUAAGGGGGAAAUUGAAAAAAUUCAAUUUGAAAAUGAGGGCUUUAAAUCACAUAAUGAGAGUCUUUCCGAAGAACUUAGAAGAAUCCAGAAAAGUCUUCAAGAAAAAAAUAAAACAAUAGAACAGCUGAGUAAGAAUUUGGGUUCUCAGAAAUUUCAUUCUCUUAUAUUCAAGCGAAUAAAACAAAACUUGGAACAAGAUGCUCAAGAGAAAAAGGAGCAAAUAUUAUCUCUUAAGUUUGAACAGGAAAAGAACUCUAAAAUGAAGCAAAAUUUAAAUCAGAAAAUCAAAUUUUUGGAACAAAGGAAUGAGGAACUCCGGAAUUCGAUACAACGUAUCAGACAACAAUAUGAUGCGAAAAAUACGAAGAAAGAAUUCAUCGUGUCUCAAAGUAACAUGGAAGACGAAGAUGAAAAAGUAAUUGCUCUUCGUAAAGAAAUUCUUCAUCUAAAAGAAGAUCUUUCUAAAGCUCAAGAAGCAAUUGAUCUCAGUGCUUCAAAAGCCAUCGAAAGAGACAAUCAAAUUCAUGGUUACAAAAUCGAAACAAAAAAGAACGCUGACGAGAUAAGCAAUCUUAAGCACAAUCUACUCAACUCUGAAAUAAAAAUAAACAAUCUGAAUUUUCAAAUCAGUCGCCACCAGAAUGCUGAAAAGUCCUUGAUGGGUCGAAUCAAAACACUGGAGCAACUUGAAAGGGAGGCUGAAAUUCAUAUUUCCAAACUAACAAGACAAUUAAAGAAAACACAGGAGGGUAAUAUAUCACUGCAUCAAUCAGAAUACGAAGCUCGUAAGGAUUCUCACAGCACCAAAGAGCAAAUGGAUAAUAUCGUGUCUUCCAGGAAAAUUUUAUUGCAAAUGGUUUCUAAACAAAGGCUCACCAUUUUGGAUUACGAAGACAGUGUUUCGAUGCUCAAAUCUGAAGUAGAACAAGCAAAAAAUAAGUACAAUAAGAAUAAGUCUUUGGUGAAAAUACUUAAGGAUCGAGUUGCUUCUUUAAGCAAAGAGCAAGGCAUGCUAAGAAAUGAACUGGAUAAAGUUCUGAAAAGCUUAAAUGAGAAAGAUCGUGCAAAUCAUAGUCUGGAGCAGAAGUUAAACUUUUCUGCAGAAAGUAGGCAAAUAUGUGAAGCACAAUUAAAUGAAAAAAUGCGUGAAGUAGAAAAUAAGGAUGAAAAAAUAAGGCUUUAUGAGGCGGAAAGGGCCAAUUUGGUGAAAGAUCUUCUCCAAAAGGAUGAUGAUAUUAAACUUUUGAACUUUAAGUGGCGAAUCGUGGGAGGCACAGAAGAGGACUUGACUGUCAAGAUCUCAACUCUACGAAAGCAACUGGCGAUGAAGAUUGACUCCCUGAAGGCGAAGGAGCAGGAGCUUCAAGAAAAGGAUCAAUUAAUCAAGGAGUUGAGGAGUGACAUUCAAAAAAGAUCUGAGUUAAUGUCCGAGGAGAAGCUGUGGUUGUGUCAGAAGAAUCUAAAAUCGUGCAGGGAUCAAGUAAAGAGUCUCGCAGCGGAGAGAAACAUGUACCAGUCACAGAUGGAGAGAUACGAGAGAGAAAAAGAUCAACUGACUGAUGAGCUCAGGAAACUGAAGAUGCUAAAUUACAAAAGAAAUAUUUAA